AGGGUAAGGCUUUCUCGUCAUUGGUCUAUUAGAUGUCGUUAACGACCUGGGUAGACGCAGGGCUCUAUUCAUAGGCUUCCUUAAGUUUUUGUUAGAGUGUAGUAUGUAGACUAGAACAUUGUAACAAUAUCAAACAGAUUAUUUACAGUUAGUUGAGAGAACUCAUUCUUGAUGUAUUGGAGAGUUUAGUAAGGUGAAUUCGACUAAUGGGUUGGACGUACACAGCAGGGCCCGAUCGACAAACUGAGUCGAACACUGGACAACCGACUGACACGAGGGCAAGGAGGAAUGUCUGGCAACGCACGGGGGACUACAGCAUCCCUGGCAGCAGUGGCAUGUCCUAUCGCAGAAACAGCGAAGGAAAUGGGGAUGACCAAAGAACAGCAGAAAGGAUGGCUUCACGAGCACACCCAACUGAUGCCAAGAACUCUAGGGAAGUUGGUAAGGUACGGACUCCAGUCAAGUCACGGGAUUUUGACCCCUGUGACAUGGUUCCAUGGCAGCACAGAGACAACUGUUCACCUCAAGUAGAAACAGAUACUUGUGCAAGUGCCUGCGCAGCCAACAGCAAUCUUGACGCUACAUGUUUAGGGAAACCGAAAGACGCUUGCAAAUGCAAGGGCACUGCAUACCAAGAGAAGGACACUUAUGAUCUGAUGGACAGAUGUCUUUGCGAUCCGCUACUUAGUAAUAGUAAAUUAGAAUGUCAAAAAGAUUAUACGGAAACUGAUAGUGAUGGAUCAUCAGUAGACAGUUGGGGUGGUUCUUUCUCUCCAUUUCAAACAUCCUGCAGCUCUUGGGAAUGUGCUACAGAAUCCAGUUCUUUCUUGAAUUAUGGGACAAGUGUCGACCCAGUUUAUGACUAUAAGCAUCAGCAUCAGACAGAACAUGAUGCUGAUUGUCAGACCAUUCCUUGUCAAUCUAAAGACACGUCUGUGGACGCGGAGGGCUAUUGUCAGUGUUUACAAGAAUAUUCUGAUGAGAAUCUUCAAACAGACGUAUGUCACUGUGGGAGCUAUUCAUCUCAGAAAUCAGAGGGUUCCAGUGUUGACCCAAUUACAACAGGUGAUAAAUCCAUCAUCAUACAAGAUGUAGACAAUGAGAUAUGUUCAAACCAGAUUUACAAUACUAGCUUUUGUCAGUGUCAUGACAAAAAAGGUAUUCCUCUUGAGUCAGACAAAAAUAAUGCUUCCAGUCCGUUAUAUCAGUAUGAUCCUGUUAAUGUGAAGACUGAUUUCUUUUGCCAGUGUCCAUCAGUUGGCAGCUAUCAGCAAAGUGGCAAAGCAGAUCUCAUUCCCUGCGUAUCUGUCCCAUCCUCCCCUGGGAGCUUGAGCAGUGGUGAUAGUGGAUCUUGUCAGUGCAUUCAUCAUUCCACGUUGGUAGCAAAAAGCUACAGGGUGCUGCUAGUAGAGGAAGGAGGAAGAUGCUAUGGUAAUGCUGCUUCUUUCAGAAAUUGGUUAACAUCACAGCAGAAUGCAAACAAUUCUAGCAACAGUUCAUAUGACAUCACCACUCAUAUCCUGUGUGAACGUCUGGACAAUGAACAUGGUAUAGACGCUUUACAACUUAAUGCAAACGCCAGUUUGCUGGGGCUUCCUGUUGGUCUGGUACUGGGAGUGGCCACUGCUUUGCUGUCAAAACGCUGCCAAUUGUAAGCAUGGCUUAGUUUCUUUCAAAGUACAGACAGAACCAUCCGGUUACUUGGAUUUUGUUGUAACUGUAGGAGUAUGUCCUAAUAUUUUUUUGUUUUCUCAAAGAGGAAAUAUGUCAACCAUAAUAUCAAAUAACAAAUGAAAUCUGAGAGGCCGACUGUGGGGCAAAUUAUUUAAAAAAAACUCUGAAUGGUUAUUUUUGCCAACAACUUACUAGAUUUCAGCUUCGUCCCACAUCUCAGAGCGUUAUCAACUGACAAGAACGAUUAGGGUUAACUUAUUGUAACCCUAGCAGCUAUUAAAUCUUUGCACAUAAUAGCUGUGCACAAAUAUUAUUACUUGAAAUAAUUUACAUUUAUACAUGAAAAGUUUUUUUUACAAAUUUUAUUUACAAGACAAUUUUAUGGCAUUCAUUACGUCAACAAAGAAAUUCAAAAUUAAAAACAGCUUUCUAAAAACAAAAUUAUUGUUUUCUACAUGUUUUUUUUUCCUUCCAUGUGCUUUAAAGAUUUAUAACAAGAUGUUUGUGGACAUUUCUAUCAAUUCGCCAUCACAGUUAAUUCGUGUCCAGACAAGGUACGAAGAUUUAGCUACAUGCGUGCACGAACUUCCUCUGGUAUGCACGCCCACUUCCCUUAGUGGCCGCCAGCCCAGUUCUUACUCUUGCCUUGCCGUCGGGCGUAAAAAGCUUUGGGAUUGUUGUCGACUUGGUUGAGGUUGUUGCCUUUCAGUCUGCGCACCAGAUAAUACACCAUGGCAGCGAGAAGGAUGAGGCUGGUGGAGGAGGCGGCGCCAAUACCCCCCACCCGCAGUAGGCGCUCGUUGGACACGCGGGGCCUGAUGACGACAUGCGACGUGUUGGUCACAGGGUUGUAGCACGUGCAGCGCACGUUACCUUUUAGUGCAGCUUGUUUCUGCAACAUGUUACGUAGCAGUGCAUUGAGUCGCCAUGGCAGAUAUUCCCAACUCGUUAUCUGGCAAUCUUCUGAGUUCACCACUAAAACAAAUGUCGAGCGGGAGGCGAGAGUGGCGACCUCAAAAGAGAUUCAUGACUAUGGGGGAAUAUUGUAGGAAAUCCUUUUUGCCUGCAAAUAAAACUGUCGCGAAAGGUGA